AUGACGAGCGAUAUAAACGAUGCUCCGGCUGGACAGGUUUGCAUGAAUGAAGCUUCAAGUUCAAUUUUUGCAUAUCUAUUUUGGCAGAUUCCUAGUGUUUUUUUCAAGUUUUUUUAGAGAAAAAUGUUCUAUAAAUGUUUCUAGAAGUUUUUUUAAAAAGCUUCUUGGCGUCUCUAUCUUCAAUUUUGGAAAGAAAAAAAUAAAAUUUUCUCCGUCUUUUUUUUGCCGCUCGUCUUGUUGAAACGUUUAGAGCUUUUUUUUCAUCUUUUUUCGAAUAUCUGAAAUUUUAGCUACUCGAGUUCCUUCUUGAUUUUACUAUGAAGAAACUCGACAUUUUAAACUUCUGAACUUCUCCCAGUGUCGUUUACAUUUCAAAUCAAGGUUUCAUGGACUUAAAUUCAGAUUAGAAAGUCUCUAUGUACUUUAUUGUUUACCUAAAUCUUGAAAAAUAGCUCUGUCAUUCAGGAAUUUCAAAAAAACUGUUUCAGACCCCGAAAUGGCUCCUCCUCCUACUACCAAUUACGUCAAUAGUCGCUUGGCUGUUCUGUAUAACCUUCAUUGCUAUUCUCAUUGGAGCGAUUUUGAAGAAACGCGUCAAUUCAUUUGAUUACAGGUAUUUUUUGCCAUUUUAUCAGAAUUCCCCCGAAAAUCAAGUGAAUAUUGGUUCGAAAUCUACUUCGAAUCACCAUGAAAGCAAUACGAAGUUCUCAAAAUUUUAAUAAUUAUUAUUUAUUUCGUUCACAAAAAUAUCAUCGUUGAAAGAUCAGGAAAUAAGUGAUGGCCACAAAGCCUGAGGUGAAUGGAACUAAACAAAACCCGAAUUUUCAGCACCCCAACGAGUGCAGAUAACGGGACUGAUUAUACACGUAAAUCUAGAUUUAGUGAAGAGAUCUUAUGAAUAUGACCUUGAAGCUUCUUUUUUUUCGAUUUUUUAAGAGUAUACUUUCCUCGUAGGGCGAACGUUUCUGUUUUCAAGGUACUAGAGGAGCUCUAAAAAUUCUGAGAAGCUCCGAGAUUUUCUCGGACCGCGGUAUCGCAAACCGGACGCACCCCGGACGUUUCUGAGCAUUUCAAGUAUGAUUAUACGCCGCUAAAGGGAUUACUAGAAGUGCUUAGAACCGUCCGGGGCGCGUCCAGUUUGCUUUACCGAGUUCCGAGUAGUAUUCAAUUUUUCCCAGUACAAUCAUCUCGCGAACGAUUGCCGACACAUUCACGACGAUUCUGGUGGGAAUGUCGACGUGGGUCGUCAGAAGACGUGACGACCACGCCACGGACUUCAUCGUCGUCGCCUUGCUUCUGCACGUCGCGACCUUCGGAUUCGUCCAAAACUCGACGUCCUAUGUCGUCGGCAUCUUCCUGAGACAUGUAAAUUCCAUCAAAGAAAAAUGUUCAAACUGUAAAAAAAUCGCUAGGAUUUGAAAUUUUAUCGAAUAUUCAUGAAAGUCCCUAGCUAGUAGUGAGAGAAGAGUUUAACUGAAGAGACGCCAGAGAAAGAGCGUUUCCCUUCUUCUCUGGAGUCUCUUCAGCUCAUCGUUGCUCUCUCAAUCCUUCCUUUCAGCUUCACGUAGCGCUUGCCAGAAUAGAAAGCUUCAAAAUUACUAAUAAGUUACUCGCUAUAGUUCUUCAAAUUGAGUGAAAAUUACAUUUUUAUAGUCCAACGUCUUGCGAUCCAUCAACGAGAACCUCACUUUCAACGUUCUUCUUACCGUAAUCUCGGCAAAAUGGCUCAUCAGCGUACUGUACACAGUAACCUACGCAUUCGUCUCAGAAGCGGUUAUCGACACGAUGCGAGGCCAUGGUGAGAUAGUUUACGGUAUGAAAAAAGCUAUGAUCUGAUUAUUUUGAGCCGUCUGCAAGUUGGCCAGCUGUCCGACGAUGUUGAUGGUCGUUUUCGUGGUUCUUGGAAUCGUUUCCAUCUUCGUCAUUGGUUUCCACUGGCUGGUGCUUUUUAAAGUGAAGCAGGCCCGACAUAAAGAGUGGUUAGUUUUUUUUUAAAUCACCAAAAUAUGGAUUUUUUGAGCCUCUUGAAGUUGGGCCCUAUAAGAAACCUCUACGCUCUCCCAAUAGGGGCCCUAAAACGGUGUCAUAGGGGUCCCUAUAGGGAUCAAGCUCUAAGGAAUCCCUAUAUGAGUAUAAAGUUUUUGCCUUACGAAAAAGGGAACGAUGAUUUUUCUAUGUCGAAAAUAAUAAUUUGAGAGCCCUAUAGGGGCCUCUGCAACAACAAACCCCUAUAGGGACCCCUCAAAAUUCCUCACAUUGAAGUGACCACUUCAGCAUCAAACUUCAUUUCUAUUUUACUUUGGAUACUUUAGGGACCACUUAAGGGAAUUUUCAAGAGUUUUCAUAAAUAUUUUCCCCGUACCCUUGCUUCAAAUAGGAAGUCUCACCGAAGCCGCUGUCAAAAAGAAAAUCUAUUCUAGAGGUCACUUAAGUACCGCUCCGAGUGUUUUUAGAGGCCACUAGAGCUUCUCUAUAUCUAGCUUUGAAAACUUUCGAUUUAUUUCAAGGAAGGAAGACAAGCCGGAGACUUCUCUCACGCUUCGAAAGCUAGUGGCUUACGGUAGCCCUCUACUAUUGUAUACUGUAACCAGCGCCCUGAGCAUAGUUUCUGUGAUCAUCGCCUGGAAGAUCACAAAGGCCGACUCAGUGGUAGUUUCCCUCCUCAAAUAAUAAUUAAAUACAGUCAUUUUUCAGGAGUCCCACGACGAAUUACUUCCCAGUCUGGUUACUGUAGCCGCAGUUACUGUCAAUCUGUGGUGCUUGCGUAUCAUCAAUGACGUCAUUUGCACGAUUCUUGCCGACUACCGUAAAUUAUUGCCAUUUUUCGCUGUGAAACCGACGAGGAGAGGUUUGCAAAUAUUUUAGAUCAAUAGAAAGCGAAUCUUCAGUGAAACCGCCGGGGUCGAUCGAGUUGUCAUCGUUUUAUUGA